AUGUCAGCACCGACACGGCAGAUUAAGUGCGUCGUGGUAGGCGAUGGUACUGUUGGAAAGACGUGUAUGCUUAUUUCAUACACAACCGAUUCAUUUCCUGUUGAAUAUGUUCCAACCGUAUUUGAUAAUUACUCUGCACAAAUGACAGUGGACAGUCAUGCUGUAAAUUUAGGAUUAUGGGACACAGCAGGACAAGAAGAUUAUGAUCGCCUUCGUCCAUUAAGUUAUCCUCAGACCGAUGUGUUUGUAUUAUGCUUUAGCAUUGUUGGUCCAGUGUCAUUUGAUAAUGUAACAACAAAAUGGAUUCCUGAAAUCCGGCAUAAUUGUCCAGACGCACCAAUAAUUUUAAUAGGAACAAAAUUGGAUCUUCGUGACGAUCCUGAAACAUUAAGGCAAUUAAAUUCUGAAGGAAAGCAGCCAAUUACAAAAAGUCAAGGCCAGAAAGUAGCCAAAAAAAUCAAAGCAGUAAAAUAUUUAGAAUGUAGUGCUUUAACGCAACAAGGAUUAAAAGCUGUACUUAUAUCUUUUUUUAUCAUUCUAAUUGAUUAG